AUCCCGUUUUGAGUAACCAAGCCUGUAGCUUUGGCACAAUUUAGCCCCAACCCAGAAACCCUAAAACUCCCUCUCUCUCUCUCUCUCUCUCUCUCUCUAGUGGGUGUUGGGUCCCUUUGGGUUUGUUGUUGUUCCCCCGUUGUUUGGCUUAUAGUCACCAAAUUCUUCUCUCUCAUCCGUUACAUAUUUUCCCUUUUUCGACGGGAAGGAUCCGGGCUUUGGGUUCUUGGGUUCUUCUUUCUGUUUUCUGAAAGCAAAAACAAGUUGUGGGUUGGUUGAUUUGGUGGGUAAUGGAGGGUGGGUUUUGAGCUCUGCGCCGGAAGCUUCAGAUCUGAGGGACCAGAGACAGCUCUGUGUAGAUGGGCACUUUCAAAUGUAGCUCAUUAUUGCUUAUAGCCCUCCUCUUUUUGACUUGACACACACACACACACUCCUCUCUCUCUCUCUCUCCUGCCUAAUACUUUCUAUGGGGUGUUCUCUGGGUUUCUCUCUGUUUCACUGAGUGAAAGCAGAGAAAGUUAUUGGGUUUCUUGAGAGAACUUGUAGUUGGACUUGAGCUCUACCCUAAAAGGAGAAGCUUAGAGGGAGAGAAAGCUAGAGAUCUGUAUCAAUGUUCAUGGCUAGUCCUACUAGUGUCCGUACAAGCACUGGCUGUAGUUCUUUGCUAAGAGAACUUCAGCAAUUGUGGAAUGACAUUGGCGAGAGUGAAGUGGAUCGAGAUCGAAUGUUGUUGGACCUGGAGAGAGAGUGCUUGGAAGUGUACCGGAGAAAGGUCGAUGAAGUUGCCAACACAAAAGCGCGGCUCCAUCAAUCUGUUGCGGCAAAGGAAGCUGAGCUUGCCACCCUCAUGGCUGCUCUUGGGGAACUUAAUCUUUAUUCACCGACGCAGACUGAGAAGAAAGCAACAUCAUUGAAGGAGCAACUUGCAUUUGUCACACCAUUGGUGGAAGACUUGAAACUAAAGAAAGAGGAACGGGUUAAGCAGUUUGUUGAGAUCAGGGCUCAAAUUGAUAAGAUCAUUGCUGAGAUUUCAGGAUAUAGUCAUCUCAUCAGUGCAGUGAAUUCCUUUAAUCUGGAAGAACAAGACUUGUCGUCAAGAAAGUUCACUGAAUACCAAACACAGCUGCGCACUCUGCAAAAGGAGAAGUCCGAGCGGCUCCAUAAGGUUUUGGAGUAUGUGAAUGAGGUGCAUUCCUUGUGCGGUGUCCUUGGAUUGGAUUUUGGCAAGUCUGUGGGCGAUGUGCAUCCUAGUUUGCGUGGAGCAAGCAUUGAGCAGUCUACAAACAUCAGUGACAGCACAUUGGAGGGUCUAGAUCAGACAAUCCUUAGGUUGAAAACAGAAAGAAAAGUUCGAUUCCAGAAGUUGAAGGAUAUUGUUGCAUCAUUGUCUGAACUUUGGAAUCUGAUGGACUCAACAAAAGAAGAGAGGAGUAACUUUUCAAGGAUAACUUCAAUACUAGGAUCCUCAGAGUUGGAAGUUUUGGAACCAGGUGCUCUUUCUAUGGAAAAUAUUGAACAGGCAUCAGCAGAAUUGGAGAGACUCACCAAACUAAAAGCCAGCAGAAUGAAAGAACUGGUUAUGAAGAAAAGGUCAGAAUUAGAGGAUAUAUGCCACAAGACACACAUUGAACCCGAUCCAAGCACUGCUCCUGAAAAAUCUAAUGCUUUGAUAGAUUCUGGUCUUGUGGAUCCUGGUGAACUCCUGGCAAAUAUUGAAGCUCAAAUAAACAAAACAAAAGAUGAAGCUCUUAGCCGUAAAGAUAUCAUGGAUAGAAUAGUAAGAUGGCUUUCUGCUUGUGAUGAGGAAAAUUGGCUUGAAGAGUAUAAUCAAGAUGACAAUCGAUAUAGUGCUGGAAGAGGUGCUCACAUAAACCUAAAACGUGCAGAACGGGCUCGAAUUACUAUAAAUAAGAUUCCAGCAAUUGUUGACAAUUUGAUAAAUAGAACACUAGCAUGGGAGGACGAGAAAAAGAAAUUGUUCCUGUACGAUGGGGUACGUUUGGUUUCAAUACUAGAAGAUUACAAACUUGCAAGGCAACAAAAGGAAGAGGAGAAGAAGCGCCACAGGGAUCAAAAGAAGCUCCAAGAUCUACUGCUUACAGAAAAGGAAUCCCUCUAUGGGUCAAGACCUAGUCCGAGAAGAACCAGUAGCUUUAGAAAAUCAAAUGGUUAUCGAGCAAAUGGAAAUGGAUCCAUGACUCCCACACCUCGCCGGAACUCAGUUGGCAGUCCAACUACUGAGCUUCUAACACCUCGCUCAUAUUCCGGGCGUCAAAAUGGGUACUUCAGGGAAAUGAGACGGUUGUCUACUGCACCGCUGAACUUUGUGGCUAUAGCAAAAGAAGAUACUAUGUCGUUUUCUUCUGUUGGUGGCUCUGAGCCAGGAUCUCCCCCUCAAGGUUGAAAUUGAAAGUUGAACGGAAUCCUGCAACCUGCCUCGUUUCAGCAACACCAACACCUACACCGGUAAUAUACCGGAUUGAGGCGGUGGAAACCUUGUGAAUACGAAUGGAGUGUACACUAGUGUAUGAUUGCGAGAUUUUAGAAGGAACUUGGGACAGCUUGCUCGAAGGCAACUAACUCUUCGGGAAAUUGAUGUGUUUGGAGGUGGCAUUGGUGAAUUGAAUUAUAUAUAGGGCAACGGUAGUUAACUUGUACUCUUUUGGCUGCUGCUGCUGCUGCUGAAGUAGGGGCUUACUGACCAUUUGGGUUGUGGAUGAUGCUGUCUGUGUUUCUUUUAUUGCUGCUUUUUCUUUUCUUUUGUAUAUAUGUCUAUUCCAGUUUGCUGAAUCUGUACCCAACUCUGGAGUAAACUUGUCUUGUAAUGCUGUUUGUAGGAUCUUUUUUAUACAUAGUUGUGAGGCCCACAAGAUGUAUAUCUUCUCUUA